UCAUGAGUUGAACUUUCCACUGAUACAGUUCCACGGUUUGGUAUAAAUGCAUGGCUUGGCACUCAUGUGAUAAAGCACAUGGCUGAUUACUGUGCUAUAAAAUAAGGAUAAUAGACUUUGCUCCAUACUAAAGACCAGGAAGGAAGCAGAGAAGUUUUUAAUCUUGGUAGGUUUCCCUCAUUCCAAAGCAGACUGCAGGGUGAGUAAUCCUGGAAAAGCAGACACAGGUGAGGCCCAAGUGAAAACAUAUUUUCUGACAAAUCAGGAGGGGUUCUUUCUUUAAAACUGUGGCAUAAAUGUAAUUUUACACUGUAGCCGUUUACCAUUUUGGUAGCUACAUUUUGCCCCACUUUCUAAGAAAUCAAACAUCCGUGUAAACUGGCAAUCAAGGAAAGAUAACUUUCCUAAAUCUUAAAUUGAAAAUUAAAAUUUCUGCUUAUUUGCUAUUACUUUUUACAUAAGUUAUUUUGAAUAAGUCAAUUUUUCUUUCUCCAGGCAUUAUGAAAAGCCUACGUUUCAGAGUUGUUACCAUGGUUAUAGGUCUUUAUUUUACUGGCACAAUGACAAACCCAUCAGGAAAAAGCAGUAUUUUAUUCAAUUCCGAGUGCCAAUGGAACGGAUAUCUUCUGACAAAUUGUUCUUUUGCUGGAAAGCAUGAAAUACCUGUGGACAUAUCACAGAUAGUAGCCACAGUGGAUGUAAGUUCCAGUUUCUUUAGGGUUCUCUUACAAACUCACAGGAAAAAAGAAGAAUGGAAUAUAAAACACCUGGACCUCAGUAACAAUCUCAUAUCGAAAAUAACCUUAAGCUCUCUUGCACAUUUUCAUGCUUUGGAAAUAUUAAACCUCAGCAACAACGCCAUUCACUCCGUGUCAUUGGAUCUACUCAAUUUUAAGUCCUUGUGGGUGAAACGCCACCGAGGCAGCUCGAGAAAUGGGCUUCCAUUUCUAAAGUUGCUCAUUCUUCAAAGAAAUAAACUUAGUGACAUUCCCAAGGGGCUAUGGAAACUGAAGUCAUUACAGAGUUUGGAUCUGUCAUUCAAUGUGAUAACGCAAAUUGGUUUGUCUGAUUUUCAUAACUGCCUGCAACUAGAAAACCUCCAUUUAAAGAGCAACAAGGUAUUCAGAAUUCAUCCAGAAGCCUUCAAGGACCUAAAAAAAUUACAGAUUGAGUCAUGUACCAAAAUGUUCAUUGCAGCUCUAUUUACAAUAGCCAGGACAUGGAAGCAACCUAAGUGUCCAUCAACAGAUGAAUGGAUAAAGAUGAUGUGGCACAUAUAUACAAUGGAAUAUUACUCAGCCAUAAAAAGAAACGAAACUGAGUUAUUUGUAGUGAGGUGGAUGGACCUGGAGUCUGUCAUACAGAGUGAAGUUGUAGACCUCAGCAACAAUGCUCUGACCGCCAUCCUGCCGAUGAUGAUCGUGGCUCUAGAGCUUCCCCUCCUGGAGGCUGACUUGGCUGAUAACCCGUGGCGGUGUGACUAUGGCGUGGCAGUCUUCCAAAAUGUUAUUUCUGAAUCCUGGAGACAAAAGUGGAAUGCAGUUUGCAACAAGUCUAUUGGGAAGGAGGAGGCAUACUGGUGGAUGCCCACAAGGCGCGUGUCCAGAGAGACCCACCUUCCUCGCACUAAUCUGAAUCAUAUGAAAAGCCUCACGACGAGCAAAGCUGAGAGGCCCUGGGAGGUGCGCUUUUCCACUCUGCGCAAGAAGGACCCUGCGGGCUCUGACACCAGUGACAGGGACAGGCGGCUGCCAGGAAGGGCUAGGAGCGCCGGGGACGUGCAAGCUGCUGGCAGAAGGGAAGACGCUUCCCAGGACCUGGCCCUGGCUGUCUGCUUGUCAGUGUCCAUCACGUUCUUCGUGGCUUUCUGCUUGGGGGCUUUUGCGAGGCCUUAUGUGGACAGACUGUGGCAACAGAAAUGCCGGAAAAAAAGUGCAGGUUCAGGGGACGUGUAUUCAAACCAGGGCUUCUACGAUGAAAUCGAAGCUGUAGGGAGCAUGCAGCAACCAAGGAUGGAUCUGAGCCAAACUUUCCACGAUCCAAACCUCUGUGAGAACCAAGCCCCACACGCGGCUGUCACUCCUGCGAGAACGCUGGCACCGAGCAGAAAGGAGGCUGGCGGCUGGCAGGGCGGAGAACGAUGCGGGGACCAUACUGGGGCAGGAGGAUGCAGGGAGGAUAACGCGCUCCCACAUCACGGUGCAGCCCGGCCCGUUGUCCGCGGACGGCCGAAUGCUGAUGAUACCCAACUAAUGCCGGCAGGACAGGACUGCAUCUACAGGUAUGAUAUUCCUGGAGAAGUAAAUUAUUGCACUGUGGCCAGGGAAGAUUCCCUCGGUGAGCGUUCAGUGGGCAUCCCUGCCGUGGCUGCCAGAUUACAGACAAGCCCUGGCUCAAUCCGUAAGGAUUCCAACGAAUUAGGCCCAGCCCUCCCCAGGGAAAUGACCACGCCUCUCUCCCAAAGGGUGGAGCGUACAAAAGCGCUGAGGACUGGCGAGAAGGAGGGGAGAGGGGGCUCUCCACACUUGCCUUCGGAGUUUCCUAAGGAGAAUGUGCUGAGCGCACAGCAGCAAAGGCUCGAGGGCGCCGGUGACGAGGAAGAGCCCCUCGCCCACUAUGGAGCAGCCACGCUCAGUGACCCGGUAGCUAUGGACCCGUCCCCACCCGUCUUCGCUCCGGGGUGGGGUCAUGACCUGCAUGUGACUCCUGCUAACCAGGAACUAGCACAAAAGGACACGCGUGACGCUCGGUACGAGUUGGACACCGAUUCUGACGAAGGGUCUUUAUUUACUCUAAGUUCAACAAGUUCAGAAGACUGGAGAAAUGCGUCUGAAGCAGAGGCACAUGGUGAGGAGAGCUGCAGAGCCAACGAGCCCCUGGGGGACGAGGACUCAGGGGAGAGGAGGGACAAUGUCAUGUCAUUAGAGAGUCUUGAGGACAGCAUCGCCUUCCAGAAGAUUCUGGGGAAAUGUGAGAAUCAGGAAGAUCAUUCUGGAAAAACUCUCAUUUCUGAUCCAGACUACGGUUUGUACCAGACUCAUCCGGAAAGUGGCUCUAGCACCAAUAAAUGUGAGGAUCCACUGACCUUGCCCAGCUCACUGGGCAACAGUCCUUGCAGUGAUGAGAUCCCAGUCAUGUCCAUUUACGACUAUGUCACAGCUCUUCAAUCCAAGGCAGCAGUGUGGCAAUGCUCACUUAGAGACUUGGAGUUUUCAAAUGUGGAUGUUUUACCACAAACGCCAACAUGUGCUGCUGAAGUUCCCUCAGAUCCUGAUGAGAGUGCCUGUGGUGAAGGAGAUGCAGACAUUUGUAAAUAUGAACCUUACGUUCAGGGAGUAGACAAAGCUCAAAGCAAUAUUCCUUCCAAGAUCGCUGUGGGGAAGAACUUAAGACCCUCACGACAAGAUUCUGAAGAGAACAACAUGAAUGGACACUGAUGAGGGGUUUGCAUGUCCUCUUGAGGACAGUGAUUCCAGAAAGGUUAUAAGCCAAACACAGUUGUUACACUCCUGUGGUGAUGAACCAAAUCUUCAGUGUGAAAGGGGGUGGGGUGGUGGGAGGGGUAUUUUGAAGAUGGUGUCAAGAGCCAGGUACCACUAUUACAGAUGCUUCCAGAUGAAACCAGUUCACUAAGAACACGGGAGCACUUCAGUGACAGAGACUGGGGUCAACAUUCGGAGCUGAAUCAAUGAAUUUGAUUCUCUAAAUUCUUCCCUAUGUUUAGUUAAUCCUAAUAUAAAACUACCAUGCACAAGACAUAGAUCAUUUAGGUAGGAAAGCACUGAGAUAUUUGAACAUCAAAGGUUCCAAUUAAUAAAUUUUACAUUAAAACUUAACACUGAUGAUGUUGCAGUUAGGAAAAGAUGAUUCUAAUUUUUAUACUCAAAUGCAGACCCAGAGAAACCUGAUGGUUGUUGGCUGUCUAUGUGAGGACCAGAUCUACUACGACAAAGACAAGGACGUUCACCUUGAAAAUCAAAGGGAAUUCAAGUAACAUUUUUAGUGCAUAUUGAAGCACUUACACGGAGCUGCUGAAGAGAUUUUAACAAGUUCUGCACAAAGAACAGCACGGCCUUUUGGAGUCUGAUGAGGAAACUAAAAAAUUGGAGGGAUUCAGAGCAUUUCUAAAUAUUUGUUAAAAGCAAUGUUAAAGGAGGGA